AUGACCGCCGAGGAUUUCUCAACCUCAGUUGACAUGGGACUCCGGCUAUCGAAACGCAUAUACUACGGAAAAGACGAGCGGAAUUCCAUGUCGGCUCCGAAGCCGGUACUAAUGACAAAAUCGUCGUCAUUGCGUUCGUCCACCUCGUCCUCCCGCUUGCCGCCAGAUCAGCAUCAUGCAACGGCCCCGAUGGUUUACGCGGUGAUUACUGAGCCUGAUGUCGUUGAUAAUCCGGAUAUUCGGAGCUACCAGCCGCACGUUUUCGGACGUUGCAAUCCGCCAGCGUUAAUCCCGCUUCAUAUGCAUGGGAUUACGAUGAACGUUGAUUGUUAUUUGGGCACUGCAUUCGUUACCGUUAGCGGCAGUUGGCGCAUGCACUGCGUAACCGCAAGCGCAUGCUGCGAUUGCCGUAUCGCGAUUCCAAUGGGCGAGCAGGGUUCCAUUCUGGAGGUGGAGGCUGAAACCACCAAAAGAUCGUAUUUCACCAAGUUCAUUUCUCCAGGAGACGAUCAAAAAGAUUCAGAUCGAGUAACGAAAGCAAAAGAUGGAUUCAUGAUGAAACGCAACACAUACACACUCAAAAUUCCACAGGUUGAAGGAGGAUCCCUUAUUCAUGUUAAAGUUAGAUGGUCUCAGAAAUUACAAUAUCAAAAUGAUGAAUUCUGCCUCAAUGUGCCGUUCACUUUCCCCCGUUAUGUUUUACCUUUCGAGAAGAAGAUUCCUGUGACAGAAAAGGUGCUGGUAAAUGUCGAUUCUGCUACUGGAACUGUGAUUACAUGUACGAUUGCUAGUCAUCCUUUAAAGGUUUUCAGAAAGGAAGUGGUGUUUUUACUGGACAUAAGUGGGAGCAUGAGAGACGUCCCUCUUGAGAAAUCAAAAUAUGCAAUUGAAGCAUCCCUCUCAAGGCUUAAUGAAGGAGAUUCAUUUAACAUCAUAGCAUUUAACGAAGGCAUUCAAUCAUUCUCAUCUUCAUUGGAGUUGGCAACAGAGGAAGCAAUCACAAAUGCAACUGAAUGGAUGUGGAAAAAAUUGUAUGCUGGUGGAGGUACAAACUUAAUUUGCCCAUUGAAGCAGGCAAUUGACAUGGUCGGCCAAACUGGUGAAUUGAUUCCUCUAAUUUUUCUCAUUACCGAUGGCACCGUCGAAGAUGAAAGAGAUAUUUGUAAUAUGAUGAAAUGCUACCUUGUUGAUGGAGCCAUGAAUUCUCCGCGAAUUUGCACAUUCGGCAUAGGUUCAUACUGUAAUCAUUAUUUCUUGCAAAUGCUUGCCAAUAUUGGAAGGGGAUACUAUGAUGCUGCAUAUGAAGUAGAUUCAAUCAGUGAUCGUAUGGAACGCUUGUUUGAUAAUGCUUUUUCACCCAUCGUUGCAAAUAUCACCCUUGAUGCUCUCGAAAAUCUCAAGUCAUACGAGUUGUAUCCAUCUCGUAUUCCAGAUUUGUCGUCUGGAAGCCCAUUAAUUGUAUCAGGCCGAUACCAUGGGAAAUUCCCUGAAAUUGUGAAAGUUAGAGGCUUCUUGGCAGAUCUAAGUACUUGUGAGAUCGAUCUCAAAGUGAGAAAGAGCACCAACAUAAACUUGGAUCGGAUAAGUGCUAAGAGAGAGGUGGAUAUACUUACAGCACAAGCAUGGUUAAACCAAGACACACAUUUAAAGGAGAAGGUUGCGGAAAUGAGCUUACAACGAGGGGUUCCUUCGGAAUAUACCCGCAUGAUUCUGGUUCAGAGCGAUAAAGUAAAGCCAACUCUUGGAUCACUUCUAGUAGAAGAGAAAUGUUCGAAAAAGAUGAAUCAGAAGAUGAUAUUGCUGAGGAGUGUAUGUGUCGGAUUUGGAAACUUGAAGGCGACUGCAACAAAUCUACCUCCAGGAAUCGAAGACGUGAAGCUAAAUGAUGCUGCAAAAAUGGUGAUGAAGGCUGCAUCGUCGUGUUGGGGGAUGUUUUCGGAUUGGUAUUGUUGGAGGUGUUUGUUACAGGCUUGGUCUCGAGUGAAGAACGAGCAAUGCGCCAUUGCUGUCGCGCAGCUCUGCACUGCACUCGCCUGUCUUGAAUCGCUCGAUUUCUGUUGCGAACUGUGUGAUUCGUGCAUCGAUUUAUGCCAGUAG